AUGGCAGACAGUGUCCACACCUUAUUUGAAGAAUUAAACGAUUUACUAGGUGUGUUUAGUGAUUAUGAAGGUGAAUCAAGUGAAAGUGAUAGUGACGAUGAAAAGAGGGAACGUAGAAAGCAACGUAAAAUUAGAAUGCAGCCAUUUUAUGCACAUCGAAGGGAUAUAUUUUCCAUAUUUGAUGACGCUCAAGUAAUGCGCACUUUUCGAUUUGACAAAUCUUCUUUAAGUUACACAGCAGGGUUGAUUGAAGAGUUGCUACCUACUAGAACGUCAAGGGCAAAGAGGUGUUUAACUCCUCUUUCAUUCCAAAGCGUAGUUGGAAAUGUGCUAAAAGUGAGCCAACGUUCUGUUGGACGUUCUAUCCAUGCAGUGGCUGAUGCCCUCUGCAGAAUUUCUCCCGAUCAUAUAAACAUUAACCCCAACCUGCUGGAGGAAAAAAGACAGUUUUCUGAAAUUGCUGGCAUGCCCGGCAUUAUUGGAUGCAUCGACGGGACGCAUGUAAAAAUUUCUCGUCCCCAUGAGUUCGAAGGUGCAUUGUUAAUCGCAAAGGAUACCAUUCCAUCAAUGAACAGCGUGUCAGCAAUUCAACCGGGGAGUGUGCAUGACUCCACAGUUUUCACAGUGCUUUUGGAAAGCUAUGUGCCUCUGGACAAUUUGGCAGUGGCUAUCUGCUUGGCGACAGCGGCUAUGCCUGCAUAA